AUCUUGUUUUGAUAGUGUUUUCCGUAUUCGAGGCAAAAAUAAAAAAUCUGCCGCGGACAGAGGCAAAACGGCGACGAAUUCCAGUUGCAAAUGUUUCAGAUAAGGUCAAAAUCGUAGCGGCACAAACUCUAGCGCCAGACAUGAAAUUACAAAACAAGUGACGAAUCGUUUAAAUCACAUCUGAGUUGACAACACGGGUUUCAUUUACGACACCGAUUGAAAUUUACAUCGCUCAACAAAAGCUGCACCUGGAAUAAGCUGCUCAACUAACAAGGACUGGUGAACACAAGUAUUCACCAACUAGUGGAAUAGCCUGGCGUUUGCGAGCUAACCGCUCUGCCAUCACACUCAAAUCACAAAAAAAAAAAAAUUUUUUUAUAAAUAUGACACCAGUCUUCUAAUUUCAUUCAUCCGUGCUAUUAACUAAUUUAGUUAAGGGGAACAACAAAUCCCAAUCAUAGUUAAAAGCGAUGGACAGUCAGGUAUGUCCAUUGCCCCAAGGUCGAUUAUUGGAUAUUGUCGAUAAUAAGUGGCGUGAGGAGAUUUUGCCCUUUGAUCAGAUACUUGUUCCUGCUGAUAAGCUGCCUGAUCCAGAAGCGGAUGGCGGCGACUCUCACUUAACUCUUAGUGAACAGGAGCAAAAAUGGAGUGAUUUGGCUCUAAGUUCAUUGGCGCCGGAAUCAUCCUUGAGUGAACAGUUAAACGUUUCCACUGUCUAAGACAUAUUUAAAUACGAAUUAAA